GGAAGUAUAAAAUCAAAGAUGGAAGCAAAAGGAGAUAUUGCGACACAUGGGGAAGAAAAAGUUGUCAGUGAAUGCAGUGGGUCAUUACCAGGUGCCAGUAAUGCAGAGGAAGAAAAGCCCACAUGUGUUAUUGUACUUGGUAUGGCUGGUUCUGGAAAAACUACAUUUGUACAGAGAAUUGUUGGACACUUACAUGCCAAUAAAAUGCCACCUUAUGUGAUAAAUUUAGACCCAGCAGUCCACGAAGUACCAUUUCCAGCAAACAUUGAUAUAAGAGACACUGUUAACUACAAGGAAGUGAUGAAGCAAUAUGGCCUUGGACCAAAUGGAGGUAUUGUUACAUCACUAAAUCUGUUUGCUACAAGGUUUGAUCAAGUGAUGCAGUUUGCAGAAAAGAAGAACAAAGCUGAGUGCAAGUAUAUCAUUAUAGACACCCCAGGACAGAUAGAAGUAUUUACAUGGUCGGCAUCUGGCUCUAUUAUUACAGAAGCUCUGGCAUCAUCAUUUCCAACUGUAGUUGUGUAUGUAAUGGACACAUCACGCAGUGUUAGUCCUGUAACCUUUAUGUCAAACAUGACGUAUGCCUGCAGUAUCCUGUACAAAACUAAGCUGCCAUUCAUUGUAGCGAUGAACAAGAUAGACAUUGUAAGUAACCAGUUUGCAGUGGAAUGGAUGACUGACUUUGAGACAUUCCAGGAAGCAUUAGAGCAUGAAACAUCCUACACGUCAAAUCUGACACGAUCAAUGAGUCUUGUCUUAGAUGAGUUUUACGCUACACUAAAAUCAGUGGGUGUGUCUGCUGUAACUGGUGAAGGUGUACAGAAGUUUUUCUCCCUUGUAGACGAGGCAGCAGUGGAAUAUGAGAAAGAUUACAAGCCAAUGUUAGAGAGAAAGAAGAAGGCAGUUAAAGAAAAAGAUAGAAAGAGGAAAGAAAAAGAAUUAGAUAAGGUGGUGAAAGAUAGAGAGGAAGAACUAAUGGAGACUGAAGGUAUGCGGUUGAGGACAUCAAAGCUGACAAUAAAUCGAGGUAUUGAUGAGGAAGAAGACGAGGACAGUGAGGAGGAUUUCAGGCAAGAUGACCCAGUCGAUGAGGAUGAAGUUCGAGAAUACGAGUCGUUCAAGAACUACCUGGACAGUCAGAAGUCACGACAACAACAAAAAGCUGACAAACUGGAACAAAACAACACGUGAUUCAAUAAACACUGUUUUUAUUUGUCAUUGACUGCAUUGUAAAUAAACAUCCCAUGUCAUUUCCAUACAAUUUGCAGUGACUAUUUGUUUUAUUUGUUGACAUUUUAAAUUAUUUGUGCAAAGAGAUUGUUCAAAGGCUA